CCUACCUUUUGUCCUUUCGGAGCCACCGUAGGAUGAAGUCACGAGGAAAGAUGGCGCUCCCCGUGCGCGCUAACCUGAGACAUGUCUUCAGCUCCAUUCGGAAGUUUAACUCGCCCCAAAGGUCACUCUGCGCUGGAGCCCGUCCGGAAGACCAGGGGCCUCCGGGAGGCGGGCGCGUGUUUUCUGGAAUCCAGCCAACUGGGGUUCCCCACCUGGGCAACUACCUGGGUGCUCUGGAGAACUGGGUGGCCCUGCAGAACCAGUAUCCAUCAGUGCUCUACAGCAUUGUGGACCUGCACUCCAUCACCCAGCCUCAGGACCCGACCCAGCUCAGGAGUAACAUACUGGACAUGGCAGCCAGCCUGCUGGCCUGCGGCAUCGACCCAGAGAGGGCGAUACUCUUCCAGCAGUCCAAGGUGUCUGAGCACACUGAGCUCUCCUGGAUCCUCGGCUGUCUGACCAGCAUGCCCCGCCUGCAACACCUGCCACAGUGGAAGAUGAAGAGCAAACUAAAGAACAAAGGCAGUGUUGGUCUCUACACGUAUCCUGUCCUCCAGGCUGCGGAUAUUCUCCUCUACAAGUCCAAUCACGUCCCCGUUGGAGAGGAUCAGGUCCAGCAUUUAGAGCUGGCUCAGGACCUCGCUCGCAUCUUCAACCACCACUACGGACACCUGUUCCCUGAACCCCGUGCCCUGCUGAGCCCUACACGAAAGGUCAAAUCCCUCCGUGACCCCUCUGCUAAGAUGUCCAAGUCCGACCCCCAGACAAUGGCGACGAUUACCAUCACGGACUCCCCUGACGACAUCGCCCUCAAGGUCCGCCGCGCCGUCACCGACUUCACCUCGGAGGUCUCCUUUGACCCAGAAACGCGUCCAGGUGUGUCCAACCUGGUGACGAUACACUCUGCCGUGGCGAUGAUCGGCGUGGAGGAGGCCUUGUCCCAGGCCAGAGGGUUGGACACAGGAGUCUAUAAGAAGCUUGUGGCCGAGGCUGUGAUCCAGAGGUUAACACCCAUUCGAGAGGAGAUCGAGAGGCUGAGGUCGGACCGGGCUCACCUGGAGGGAGUGCUGGCUCGGGGGAACCGCAGGGCCCGGGAGCUGGCUGAACCGGUCCUCGGGGAGGUCCGGCGGCGAGUGGGAUUCUGCUAAGGAGUCAGCCGGUCUGGAAAACGGAGCCGCAUUUAUACUGCAGGUCUUGCUCAGUACUUAACUCCUGCUGAUAGUACAUUUUAUUCCAAUGACUGUUUACAUCCUGGACUACCCCGGAAACGUAACGCAUUUAUGAGAAAAAAGUGCGUUGGGAGGCAGCGUGGAAAAGACUGAGCCGGAGACUGCUGUGGUGUUCAGACCUGAAACUCACUGGUGGGGGGGGGGGGCGGGACGACCACCUUUGUGUUCGUCUCAUUGAAAUGAAUGGGGAGGCCGCGGCUUCCGAUGCAGCGGUAACGUUGGUCUGAACACAGCAACAACAAGAAGAGAAGAUGUCGUCACUUUUGUUUGUUUGUUUUUGUGUGUGUGUGCGUGUGUGUAGGCGUUUCCUACGCACUCGUUGUGAAGACACCGCAACUUAUUUGUCUGCCUUUUGGGUUUCGCCUGUAAAGUUUUUUUUUUUUUCCUCCAGACGCCACACGGGCUUUAUUAUUUGUGAUCCUUUCCAAGGUUUUGAACCCCCUCGUCCUCGGUGCCAGCGGCGCUCAGCCACGUCGCUGCGCCGCCGAGGCAGCGUAAAAACAGCCGCAUUCAGAGGAGCCGCGUUUACUCAUUAACCCGCACUUGUUCGAUUCGACUGUUCGAACACAAGUCGAUAUUCAGGUCGCAGGUGCCGACGUGGUUUGACACACGUCCGGGGCUCUGUUCGCACUCGGCAGCUCAAUCCCGUUUCGCGGAUCCGGGUCGGAAUCGGGUUACGGUGGUGAAAUCUGAACUGACAAAGAAGCAAAACACGAGCUCAUCAGAUGUGCUUUUAGAAGCAGGGAGGGAAGGUGAGGGAAGGAGAACGGUGAAAAUACAAAAAAAAAAAAGCGAGAGAGUACGUUCUCAAGAAAAACACACACAUACAGAAUACAGCACAGACGAGUGCGUGAAACAGCAACGGUCAGACGCAGCGUACAGCUACCGUAGUGCGUUAUAAGCGUGAGCCUGCAGGAAACCCUCUGCCGCUGCGCGCCUCAUGACGGCGUGUGCGCCGUGAAGCUGCGUCAGGCGAGACCGCUUCAAGAGGUUCUGUGGUGCAAAAAGGUGACACUAGAGGUCGUUGAAAAUAAUUGUUCGGUGCAAAUAACUCAAGUCGAGGCUUUAAAAAAAAAAAAAAAAUCUGUGAUUUUUUUUAAUACACACACUCACGCAAACGUAAGUUACACCUGCCCGCCUUUGCACUGGAGGUCAGUCGAGAGCAUCAUCUUUUCCAAAGCUAAAACCACCAACUCGCGACCAGUACAGUCCGGCCCCCUUCACGGCCUGCUCUUUUUAUACAGUGCAGCAUGGCAUCGCUGACUGCUUUUUUUUUUUUUUUAAACAGAACCAGUCAACCACAUCAGCGCCGGACUGGCAUACGCCGGUAACAUGCAGCCCCCCCCCCCCCAAUGGCCACUUUAGUAAGUGCUCGUUUACAUUCUGUUGCAAUUCAAUGCAAAGGCUCCGCCAUAAGCUCGACCUUUCCGAAGUCCACGGCGUCUAGUUUCCGUUGACGGUGACAGAAAUGUAUACAUUUCGUUACUGCGGUCACAGCUAAAAGGUGGCGUUGCACUCGGCCACGUUAUAUUCAGAUGUUUUUUUUUCUUCUAAUUUUACUCCCUUCCCGCUUACAGACGUGACAGUUAUGGUAGGUGAGUAAACACCUCUGAAUAUAAUGAAGUCCAUGACAUCACCACCGCUAACUUUGAUGUCAGUGCUAAGAUAUAAAAUUGAAUGAACACCUCUAUGAAAGAGUCAAAAAAAAGAAAAAAAAGAAAAGAAAAACGAGAAGAAAAAAUCCCUGAACAUUAUAGGCAUCGUAAAAGUAGGCUUUAAGGCAGAACAGGUGUAUUGGCUUGCAUUGGAUUCCACAGGUGUAGCUAAUAAAGUUCUUUUACUGCUACACACGAGAGCUGCUUGAAAAACAUUCAGAAAUAAU